AUGGCUUCAAAUCAUGAUGGAGUCAUCGCGGAUACGCUUCUCAGAGAGACUCAUGGCUUGGAAUCAGACCAUGGCGCGAACUCUCCAGCUAAAGGGAUCGAUCUAAGAAGUUUGACCGCGACUCCAUCCCAAAGCUUCGCAUCCCUGCUUCCUACUAAGCAAAUGAUGGUCGAACUUCAGUUAAUGGAGGUGCUGUAUGAUUUCGUCAAGACCCUUCCACCUGAUCGACCAAGUCCCUUCGCCCAGGAGAUCUUCAUGGAGAGCGACGAAUUCACGCCACGACCAAUGGUGCUUAAGAGCAUCAGAAGUAAGAAACAAAGGGAUGAUGGCAGAUGGCAGGAGACGAGCAUGAUCCUAGAGAAGGGAAUGGUCCUAGGAAAGCAGAAGAAGAACUAUCUUCCAUAUAGUGUCGUGAGCGGUACCCACAAGUUGGAGGUGGCACAAGGUGAAGUCUUGGAAGGAUUCUGCACGAUCUUAACCCGAAAGUUCCCAGAAGGAUGGACUGGUCUUCAGGAUAAGGGAGAGUCUGAAGUUAGUGUUCCGAAGAAGCGUCCGAAGAAGCGGGGCCCAAAGGGUGCUGCGAACCAGAUCGAACAUCCUGACGACCAGUUUGAACGAGAAGAGUCUGAUGUUUAUAAUGCUCAAGAGCAAGAACCGGCUCCCGUCACAUGGGAUUUCGCUGCCAUCGCCACAAUCCAGAGGUUCGAACGAGAAUUUAAGUUCCAAUGCCACGUCCCAAAGCAGACAAUGGAACUAGGCGGAGUGUAUGUCGAUGUAGAACCAAGUUGGAACAAUGUAGUCGACGCAUUGAAGAGAGAGGUCCGGAUUCGUGAACUGCAUGCACAGCAGCAAGACAAGCCUGUCAAAGCACCAGUUGCUUCACAGAACCCACCAUGUUACUGGCCACAUGCUCCUGCUCCACAAGGACUAUACCAUCACCAGGGCCAGCAGUUCAUACCUCAUCCUCAAUACGGGUAUCCUGCCAACUUCCAAGCACAGCCGCUCUCAAUGACAAAUUAUCCAAUCAACACUCAAUAUUCGGGCCAACCACAUUUGCCAUCGCCUUUACAGCCACAUAUGCAGCCCCAAUUGUACUCACCCCGUCCAAUUCACCCACAAUACAGUACUCCCCCGCAAUUCCAACAGCAUAUGAUGACCCCAGUCCUCCCAGCAAUAACAUCAUUGUUUCCACGUGGGGGAUCCCAAUCAACAGAACCGUCUCAACCAAUGGGUACCAUCUACCAGCCGAUAGCCCCGUCACCCGCAAAGAAACGCACUCCACGUGUAAAGAAACCUCAAUCAGCCCCUCAAGCUUCAGAGAACACCGAGGAAGGAACACCAAAGAAGCGGAAAAGAGUUGCGAAACCCUCUGGUGGCAAUACCAAAGCUACACAGGCUCACAGUGGUGAGAAUUUCGGAAACGUUCCAGAUUUCUCCUCAUUUCGAGACAUCGAGGAAGGUGCACCGAAAAAGCGGAAACGAGUUGAAGAAUCCCCAUCCGACACUACUCAUGUCGAGAAGUCUCGCGGCAGUGGAAGUGUUGGAAACGGAACUUCUGGAUUAGGUACAUCUGGAUUGAGUAGACCUGGACUGGGUAUGCCUGGAUCAGGUACGCGCGAAAUAAGCACACCUGCAUUUGGUACACCUGCAUCUGGUACGCCUGCAUCUGAUACGCCUGGAUUUGGUAAACCUGCACUGCGUAGACCUAAAUUGGGCAGACCACCACUAAGCACACCUAAAUUAGGCACGCCUGGAUUAAGUACACCUGCAUUUGAUACACCUGGAGUUGGUAGACCUGGACUAGGUACACCUGGAUUUGGUACAGCUAUUCCACGGGGUUCUGAUUUCUCCUCAUCACAAAGCUCUGAGGGAAGCGCACUGAGAAAGCGAAAGCAAGCUGAGGAAUCCUCUGAUAGCGACACUCCUGCCAAAAAGUCUCGCUCUGUCGAAACUACUAGAAACGAAACUCUUGGAUUUGGCACUCCUGGAUUAGGCAACCUUGGAUCAGGCAACCUUGGAGCAGGCAACCUUGGAGCAGGCAACCUUGGAUCAGGCACUCCUGGGUUAAAUACACCUACUUCCCGGGAUCCAGUUUCAUCCUCGCCUCAAAGCUCUGAGGAAACAUCCAAGAAGCAAAAAAGAGUUGAAGGAUCCUCUGACGCAAAUAUGCACAACAAGGCUCGCGGUGGUGAAAAUGUCGGGAAUGAAGCCCACUAUUCCUCAUCCAGACUUGAUACAAAUAUCUCCCCAGCUACAGGUCUCUCCUCGUCAUCUUCGGAUUCCCAAUCGCCACAGAGCGUUUCAAAGGCUGAAAACGCUGGAAAGAACAACAGAGGUGGUGGUGUCAGACCUCGUGGACGACCUCGUGGACGACCUCGUGGAAGACCCCGCGGGUCUGGUCGUGGCGGUGCUCGUGGCGGCAAUGACAGACAGCUUGCAGCAGAGGCAAAUGUGCAGUCUCUAUCAGAUAGUCAAGCUGUCUCUCCAACUGAACAAAGUUCGUCAUCUUCAUAUGAUGGUCCUGUUCAUCCUCAACCUCAGCCUCAGCUAUCUGGACCAUUCCAAGAUGUCCCCGCGUCCCAGGGUCUUUCCGAACACCAAACCUCCUAUUUUGAAGGAGGUACUGGUCAACCAACAGGCGAAUACCAACCAUCAAAUGUCAUGGAUAGCUCCGCACCAUUCCCGCCACCACAAUCACACACUCCUGUACAACACACAAGUCAGGGAAGUAGCCCAUAUCCGUCUAUGGGUCCCGGAGGUCAGCAAGCAGGAAUGGGCUAUUUCCCACAAUUUCCUCCAGGUGGGGGCCCAGGUGACAUGAGUUCCCAGGAUAUAGACCGGGAUUUCGCGCAUGCGGUAAAUACGGUCCUGAAUAUGCAUCGAGAUGAUCCAAGAAGGGUAUACCUUCUUUCCCUUCUGAAAGCCCAGUCCUUGGGCGGUGCAGGUGCCGCGGAGGCUGGGCCUACACCCGAAGGAGCGUCCCAAGAAGGACAUCAGCACGCACCAGGCGAUGGGGAGGAUGCUGCAGAAGUUGGCAGCCCAGACACCACAGCAGGUAAUCCGACUGGAUACUGGGAUGGCACUGCACCAGGUGGAAACGAAUGAUAGUAUGGACAGGCACGGACAGGCAACGAGGAAUGAACAGGUGCAGAUUGAUGGGUGUUAAGAAAUGGGUGUUCAGGAUUGGGUGUUC